GGACGGAAUCCAUCCCCGGGCCUAUAAGUGUGGCUUCGGGACGGCGCUUCCCAUCCGACACCGGCGCCUUCGCGGACUGGGUCGCCUCCUCCGCCGCCGCCGCGCGCGGGGACGACCUCUCCCUCGGCUUCAAUGCCAGCGCGGCCGCCGCCGCCGCGGCCGCGUCCGCCUCCGGCGCCUCGCUGGCCGCGGGCCUCUGGGGCCCGGCGUCAUCCGCCUCCGCCGCCGCCAUGCGCCAGGCGGCCGCCAUGAACUACGGGAUGGCCGACGUCGGGAUGGUCGUCGUCGCGCCCGCCGCUUCCUUCCACCACACGCACCACCACCACCACCACCACGAGGCCGCCGCCGCCGCCGCGGCGGCGGCGGCUGCCGGCGAUCCCAUCUUCCCGCUGCUCUCCGGGGGCCCCUGCGUGCUUGAUCCGGACGCCGCCGCCAAGUCGGCCUCCUCCGGGGCGCCCGCCAACGCCAUCCAGUUCUGGCAGCCGCCGCCGCAGUCGCCGUCGUCGGCUGCCGCUGCUGCGGGCGCUAACCCUAACCCUAGCGCCAGCCCCUUCGCCUACCUCAAGAAGCCCCUCCCGAUGCUGGACGCCGGCGCUGGGUCCUCCGGCUCCGGCGCCACCACGUGCCAGGACUGCGGCAACCAAGCGAAGAAGGACUGCGGCCACAACAGGUGCCGCACCUGCUGCAAGAGCCGCGGCUUCGACUGCUCCACGCACGUCAAGAGCACCUGGGUCCCCGCCGCGCGCCGCCGUGAACGCCAGCAGCUCGCCGCCUCUGGCUCCGCAUCUUCCUCCCCCGCCACUGCCUCCGCGGCAGCCGUCGCCGUGUCCGCGUCCAAGAAGCCCCGCCUCCUCUCGUCGCAGACCACCACCUCGCACACGUCCACCUCCAACGCCACCACGCCACGAAGCUUCGACACCACUUCCAGUCACCAAGACGCGUCGUUCAGGGACAGCCUCCCGAGGCAGGUGCGCGCGCCGGCGGUGUUUAAGUGCGUGCGCGUGACGUCCAUCGAGGACGGCGAGGACGAGUACGCGUACCAGGCGACGGUCACCAUCAACGGCCACCUGUUCAAAGGGUUUCUGUACGACCAGGGCCCCGACGACGGCCGUCACGCGGCCACCAGCAACGACGAUUCCACGGCGGGAGUGCCCAACAUCUCGGAGCUCCAUCUCGGAGCGGCGUCUGGCUCCGGCGCCGGCGGCGUGAGGGAAGGCGGCACCUCGAUGGCGCCCACAGAGCUGUACGGUGGCGGAGGACAUCAUCCGCACAUUCUUGGCGGCUCGUCAAGCUAUGGUAACACCAUGAACUGAUCGAGUACGUAUGUUCCUUCUACACCGGAAGAGUAAGGUUACAUCGUCAAUUUCCAUUCUUUGUUCCUCUUCAUUGCUAGUAGCGGAGUUCAGUUUUCUCAACCUUCUGGUGGGCAUCAAUGUCUGUCAAUGCAUGGUGUUAUCCUGUUCAACUUCUUCAUUCCAUCGUGGUGUUAUUUAGUCAUUCGUUGGUGUACAAUAACAUCGAUGAAUUGUUUUUUUAGGUGUGCUACAACUCUAGCAAAGCAAGUACUAUUGCUAGUUCUUUUUUUUUCGCUACUACUACUAGUAGUUUGGGUAGAGAGGAGAAUAAUUGUUAGGAAUUGGAAAGAAGAUAGCCCAAGAUUAAAUCUUUCCUAGUAUUAUGCAUAAGAUAUUGCCUGCUGGUUUCUAGCCACUGGUUCAUAUGCUCUCAUGUUCCCAAUGCCUGUUGUUCGAUCCGUUUCCACAUUUGGGGAUGUGUUCUCGCCGUGAGGGUCACCUCCAGCCCAGCAGCUUGAGAGCCGUGCACUGUUGUGCCUCGUGAUUGAUACAUGUUCCAGCAUCCAGAGCUGCAAUGUUUGACUCCUCCCUCAUCUGAUUGGCCCGUCUCUGCUCUUUGCGUGCCCAAUUUGGCUUGCUGUAGUGACCAUGAGCUUCACUCGUUUCGCUGCAGUCCUUUGGUGUCUUCUCUUUUUCUAUGGGUCGGUGUGGAAGGCAUGGAUUCUUGCCAUGGCUUUGUGCCAUCUGGACGGAGCAUCUUCUUCUACUAGGUGCAUUGGGACUUGUAUUCUGGAGACCAUUGUGUAAUGCAUGUGAUGAGAUAAUCAUCCGGCUUUGGAUAUUAUAAACCAUGUCCAUCGUGCAUGUUACUCCAAUCCUAGCGUAUGUUACAGCCUGGUUCACCGCCGGUGAUGCCGCCGCGCGCGGCAUCCUUGUUUUGACACGACUAGAGGAGGAAGAAGAGGGCGCACGAUCAUGGCGGCUUCCUGCUCCCCCUUCUCCUUAUUUUUUGUGCAAGCCCCCCCAUGUUUAUUCCUUGUGCCGGAUCCCCUCGUGGUUGACAAGAUGUGAAACGAAAGAAAGGUGUCCAUGGUAAAAGCAUUGCCAUGCAUGCACUGAGAGCCUGUGCUUUUUGGGGACGGCUGUUUUGAUUUGGUUCGCUGUCUUCCAUUGCAGCAGCAGCAGUACUCCUUGCAUGUUUUUUACAGUGAGAGCUUUGCUCUGCAUUUCCAUCGAGUCAGCAUUUCUGCAUAAUAUGGUUAGAGGGUAGUAGGCCUCUGUAAUAAGUUUGGAGUACUACUGUGGAGUAGUAACUCUGUAAGAACACAAGUUCACUGCAUAGGGUUGCAUCUCCCGGCCGGCAUGAGCUGUGAACUUUUUCAAAUUUGGGAUUUUGUGUUGUUGGCCAAUCUUGUCAUCAUCAAAGCUGCUAUUAUCUCAUGUACUAGUACGUGUGAUCAUGUCACUGGUCCAUAUCGUCCUGUCCACUGCCUUCAACCUUCCGGGAGCACGUCUACUGUUCACAUUGCUUCUUUAUUCGGGGCUGUAGACACUAGACAUUAUGCGUGCAACAUGGACACCGUGAAUUGUGGUAAAGCUUUCUUGCAAACUGAAGACUUUUGUUUACAACUUACUAUUCCAGGUCAUGCUCGCCUUUGUUUUUGUCGUUGCCUACUUUCGUUACUCCAGAGAACACUGUUUACUGGAAUGGGUUUCCUGAAUUUACCAAUUGGAGUAUUCUACGGAAAAAUCUAAUAUAAUAUUCAUAAUUUUUUAUUACGGUUGUUGGCAUUUUGUUGCUUAUUUUUGCUGUACUGAAACGCAACUAAGCAAGGUGAAGUAACGUGUGCUACUUGGACAGUCUGACGGCAAUGAAUGGUCCUGUUGGGUCAUAUGAUUGGUUCAAUCGUUUUGUUUUGUAUACAUUGUGGACAACUGCAAUCUGCAUAUUUAUCACAUGCAUAAAUUUUCUUGUUGGCAAGUUGCAUUUUCUGAUGGGUCUCUAUCCUGCAAAUAAAUUGGAUGCGUCUAAAACAUGAAUGUCUGUUUGCUGUCUUUUGUUAUUAUGCCAAUCAUAUUGACUGGAUCAACUAUAGUGUUUAUAUGUGUAUGAUCUAUUCUAUUGCGAUCUGAAUAUAUUUAAGCAUGCAUUUGGACACUAUGCCAGUCCAAUUGACUGGAUCACCUUGCAGUCUUUCAGCUGCCUACGAAAGUCACUUACUUAGUGUUUAAAUGUUUAUGAUCUAUUCUAUUGCGAUCUGAAUGCAUUUAACCGCGUACUUGGACUGAACUCAAGUUAUGUUUCUUGUCCUACAAAUUUCUACAUCAUAACUCCAAACAUAAGCAAAAGGUACUUCUAUUAUGCGCUGAUUCAUAUGUUGUAUUUGCUGAUUAGAGGAAUGGACUAUUGAAUUUGCAGUGUUCCAGUUAAGAUAACUCCUGUAUGUUUGAAGCAUAGUGACUAUUCUAAUGUUGGUGUUGCCCAACUAAAAAUUUGGCUAGGUUAAGUACAGAAAUGGUGUGCAUGCUACAUCAACGUACUGAGGACUAAUCUUGUAUCAAAUCCAUGCUUUGUUUUUAAAAAAUGAAAGAAUUUGGCUACAUUAAGUUGUAUGCUCAUUUAGGAACCAUUUGUAGAGAGGCGUUGCUACAAAUUGUUUUGUAGUAGUAUUGGACUUUGCAGUUGCAUUUUAUACAUUUCUGGUGUUUCACGAUUAACUAAUUCGAUUCAAAUGCAUGUCUAAAGAGGGGGUCAAAGGUUUAGUUAACAGUGUUGUGCAUUAUUGGUACUUCUUGUAUAUGUUACUUUUGAACAGGAGGUAAGUGGCCAUUUAACUAUCAACUAUGUUGUGUUUGUGAUUGUGAAUAAAAUGAAGUCUAUUAGUUCUAAAAGAAGGGGAAAAUAUCAUGUUGUGUUUGUGAUUGUGAAUAACUAUGUUGCUUUGUAUUGCCAAAUCUUUGUUACCAUUGAUGUACCCAAGUGGACGGUUAACUUCAAUUUAUCAAUCUAUCAUCUUUGAGUACACAACUCAUUUGUUUUUGGUAAUAUCAUGUUUACUCAAUGCAAUAUGUUUUUACCAUAUUGGUAUAAAUUAUCCCAGCAUUUCUAUUCCAUAAUGGUAAUUCGUCUAAAAGGAUAGUGCAUUACUGAAUAGAGACAUACAUAUUUUUAUCCAAACCUGUUUGUUCUAUUAUAGUUCAGUGGCUGGAAUCUGCUGCCUACAUCCAAAGGAAUUAUCUCAUCAUCUGUAAACAAGUCUGUGUAAAUACAAUUUUUGUUCAAGAGUGGAUCUUUGAUAUUUUGGCACUACAGUGAAUUAGAUGCAUAUUUGACAUACAUUUGUACCAAUCCUACCUUGUUUUGUCAGUGGUAGCCAUUUAUUGAAAUAUUGUACUUUGUGUUCC